CGAUAAAGGGCAGCUGUAACUGCUGACGUCUCUGAAUUAGGCAUAUCAAGUCACUCGGAUCUUAUAUAUUUUCAACAAUAACAUAUCUGAUAGCGCUGCGAUUGCGGUUGGCGAUAAUAUUGCGGGUGUCAUUUAUUAGUCAUUAAGAACCCCAUCAGCACCGCGCUCUCCAAAACCCUCCGUGUUUCUCUCGCGAAUUCCCUUUGCAUCGUCGACUGCACGCGCUCUAACCUGUUCUCGUUCAAAAACCCCGCACGUCUCGCUCGUCCAAAAAGCGGGGAAGAUGUCACGCUGUCUGUCAUCUAAUUCUGUCCCCGCCCGUCGUCUCACGCUCGGGCGCUGUUACGUCUUCCCUGGGUCCGCUAUGAUCUGAAUAUAUAUUCAUCGGUCCCUGUGACCGCGACUGGCUCUGCUAGUUCUGCCUCUUGAUCCACGCUGUCGCUGUUCUACCCUACGCACCUCUUCAAUCAUGGGCAGACUCUACAAUUGGCGAUGCGCAAUCAUCGCAGGCUCCGGCUCUAUCUUGUACGGCUAUGACGCUGCUGUAAUUGCUGGAACCUUUGCUCAAGAAGGCUUCAACAAUCAAUUCAAUCCGUCGUCGAAAGUACAAGGUGCUAUCGGGUCAGUCUACUUUGCAGGUCUGAUCGUCGGGCUUGCGUUUGUCUCUGCCCUUGCUGAUCGAUUUGGUCGCAAGCGCACCAUUCAGAUUGGCGGCGUAAUCGGCCUUAUCGGUGGUAUUCUCCAGGCUUGCUCGUAUCAGAUUGCCCAGUUCUUCGUUGGGCGUGUCAUUGCCGGCAUGGCUUCUGGAAUUAUGCUCACCACCGUCAGCGUCUAUCAAUCUGAGAUCGCUCCGCCUCAUCUUCGUGGAACAAUGGUGGCAUUCCAGAUCGUCACUCUGAACAUCGCGGGAACUCUGGCAUCAUGGGUUGGAUAUGGCUGCAACUUCUCUUCUAAUCAGGGCUUUGCUUGGAGAUUCCCAAUUGCUCUACAAUGUUUGCCCGCUCUGGGUUUGAUUUUCGGAUGCUUCUUUAUUCCCUUUUCUCCGCGCUGGUUGAUCUCUAAAGACAGACAAUUGGAAGCCCAAGAGGUUCUCAAACGUCUCCAUGACGACCAUGAGGACCCAAUGUUUUGGGAGAAAGAAUAUCUGCAGAUUUCUGCCCAAUUGGCGGUCGAAAGAAUUGAAAAGGAAAAUGCCAAGUGGAGUCAUAUGUUUACAAACAGAUCAGAGUUGAGACGUCUAGCGCUAGCAGUGGCUGCGAUGACUUCAGUUCAGACAAACGGCGCCCAAACUAUCCAGAUUUAUCAGACUGUGUUGUACGCUGGACUUGGGUAUACGACUCGCAAGCAGCUAUUGAUGGCCGGAAUCUUUGGAAUAUGCAAUACCUGCGGUGGCUCAACCAACCUGCUGCUCAUCGAUCGUGUGGGAAGACGGAUCUUGUUUUUGACCGGCCUAUUCAUCCUGUCGGUUUGGCUGGGAGUCUUCUCGGCUUGCUCGGCGCGAUACAGCCAGACUGGAUCGACUGAUUGGGGUAAUGCCGGUAUUGCUUUCGUCAUGAUCUACAUUUACUUUUUCGGUGCAACCUUUGCUUCUUCGCCUUACGCAUUCGCCUCCGAAGUCCUUCCUACAAAAAUUCGAGCAAAUGGAAUGGCUGUCGCACUUUUCUUCGCAAACGCCGUUACUCUGAUAUUCAGUCAAACGGCUCCAAUUGCCCUCGACCAUAUCAACUGGAAGUUCAAUUUAGUUUUCAUUGGGUGCAAUGUCUUCUUCUUCCCGAUCGUCUUCUUUUACUUCCCUGAGACCAAGGGCUUGACGCUGGAAGAAAUCAAUACCAGGUUUGGUGAAAAGGUUGAGGUCGAGAUUCGAGACUUGACCGACGCUCAGACUCAGAUGAAGAUGGACGUUGCUUUUGUGGAGAAUGCUGAAGAGAAAUAAUGCCCGGAGAUAUUUUCUUACCGGCUAAGCGGCAAUCUGCAUACCAGAGCUAAUCUUAAUUACUAAUUUUGCGAGUAAAUGGUAAUAAUAAGCGACAAGUGGUAAUGUACUUC